UAUGUGAGCUUGCGCUCCCAGAGCUAUAUUUUUAUAUAUUUUAUUUUUAUAGGCUAGUGCCAAACUUAUUAUUUCUACUUCCGCUUUUUGUGUAUAAAAAGUGAUGCCACGCUGUUUUAAAACAGUUCAGUGUACAGUUGACCAGUGGUCAGUACCAUAUCUGUCUGUGUGACAGCUGAAGAUCGUUGUGGUCUAGCGUCUAAUUAUAUUUUUAUUCCUGUACCUGGGACGGCCUGUAAGUGUAGAAAUAUUUUAUAUUUUUUACUAGAUCUAUACUAUGUGUAAGGUAGUUGUUUUAUUUUCUACUUCUACUAUUUGUCAUAAUAGUUGGCAACAUGCUGUACGGAAGAUGGCGGCGUCCAUCAGUCCUAAUAGAAUAUAGAUCUAAUAUAGUUUUGCAUUUAUGUAUUGCAGGCUAUUAUUACUGCUAUGUUACUGCUUUUAACUGCUGCUGUUGAAUAUUACUGCUAAUAGCUGCUGUUUAUAACUGCUGUUGUUAGAUCUAUUCUAAAUCUAGAAUCUAGUGUUAUUUUGUUUCUGCUAUUCAAGGCAUUCAAGGCUAUUGAUAGUUUUGUUAAUGUUAUUGUUUCUGUAGAUCUAUUCUAGAUCUAAUUCUAGGGAAGCUUAAGCUAGUGUUAUUUUGUUUCUUUAUUAUCGCCUUAGUAAACUUAGUUAUAUUUAUAGUCUUUUUCUCAGUUCUGUUCUUAGUGAAUAGUAAGGUACUGAGCCUAAGGAUAAGAUAUUCUUGUUUUAGUGUUAGUGUUAUGAGUGAAAUAGUAGGAUAUUGUAGUGUGUUUAUUGUAGAUCUAGGUCUAGUGUAGUAGUUUUAGUGAUUUAGUUAGAUAGUUGUUUUGAUCAGUUUGUGUCAGAUAGUUGGUUUGGUUAGUUUGUAGUGGAGUAGAUUUAGAGGGUAGUUUAUAGUGGUUAGUGUAUAUAUUAUAUUUUAUUAUUAUUUGAUUCCAUGUAAAUAAAGUUUCAUUUUGUUUAUUUAUACUAAACUAAAGUUUGUUAUCUUGUUUCCAUUUAGUUUAGUUUAGUAUGUCUGGUUACUUAGGUGACUCUAGCCCCUUGGUCGUAGACUGAGGUGUCACAGAUGAGCCCACCCAGUAGCGCAGACAUCUGCCUACUUUUGGUAAAUUUUAAUGUUGAGCAGCAGAGAAUAGGUCAUCUCUUUCCAUCCACUCGCGCCUGCCUGACCUGCUCACAUUUUUGGUGUCAGAAGUGGGAUCUGUGCUUGAGUGACCAGACUUGUAUUUUUUUAUUGGGAUAGAUUAGGUUUGCGUAGGAGUUUAGGCAUUGAUAGGCGGUAUAGAUAGUGUUAGUUUAGUUGUUUUUUUUGGUAUUGUUAUUGAGAGGUUAGUAGGCUUUAUUUUGUUGAGUAGUUACGUAGAUGAACAGCGAGGCAGCAGCAGCAGCAAGAAUGCAGCCGUCUCAGACAGUGAUCCUGGUGCCUAGGACAGAGAUGAGUAUCCGGCGCUUCCAUGGCGAUGGUCCUGCCAGGGAAGUGGAGGAGUUCCUUCAAAAUGUUGAGAGAGCUUGGAAGUCUCAACACAUGGUGCAUCCAGAGGAAAAAUGUGACUUCCUCUUCGCACAUCUAGGUGAGGCAGUGAAGGCCGAACUUAGGUGCCACACUCAGACGACAAGGGCAUGUCCAGAUGCCCUUGUACAAGUUCUACGCUCCACUUAUGGAGAAAGGCGGAGCAUCAACUACCUGAUUGGGCAGCUGUUCAGAAUAAGCCAGCACCAGUACGAGUCUGUCCGCACCUACUCACACCGUCUCCUUCAGGCAUUUGAAGCACUCACAGACAGGCAGAGAGCUCUAUCUGAAACUCCCUUCAGCAAGUCUAUCCUGAGGGACCAGUUUGUAGAAAACCUCAGUGACAGGACCCUAAGGAGAGACCUGCGAGAGAGACUACUCGACAGGCCAGAAACUGAAUUCCUGGCAUUAAGAGACAUGGCCAUCAGGUGGGCCCAGGACGAGGAUGUCGCACCGCAAGUCAACGUCACAUGCAGUGAGAUAAAGAUUGAAGGCCAGCUAGCUGCGCUCUCCAAGCAAGUGGAGGAGCUUGCAGCCCAGAUUGUGCUCCUACAACUUCCGGGACAACAGAACUCUAACUGUCCCCACUGCAACCACCAUCAACCUGAUCACAUUAGCGGCAAGGUGAGACAGAUUGCCUCACAACCAAAGCGCACUCUUAACCAUAAGAGGCCAACGAUGAAGAACAGGAAAUGCUACGCAUGUGGCAAACCUGGCCAUCUUGCAAGAAAUUGCAGGCUACAGAACAGGUUCCAAGGUCAGCGAAAGAAGCCAGGGAACCGGGCUCACCAGCAACACCCUUCUAGAAGCAACUGCUCGAAUUGUGGAAGCCGGGACCAUUUCACCCGAGCUUGCCCUGAUGUCACUGCAGCAGUGAAUCACGUUCAGGUUGCCUCAGUGGAACAACCACAGGCAGUACAACUGCAACCUGCCCCAAGCCAACAGAAUUGUCGGUUGAGGUGCCACAGAAUCCGAGGCGAUCCAACACUGCUCCUGAUUCAAUUGUUCGCAGAAACCAACCCGCAGUGGCAGAAAUGAUGUCGAUUCAUACCGAAGUUGCCUCACCUGACACUUCCAGUAAUCAUGCAGAAGGAGGUAGGGAAACAAAUCCUUUCCUACAGUUUCAUCCGGUCCAACCAGAAUCCACCUUGCUUUCCCAUGAGGUUCCUGAGUUGCAGAAGAAAAGGAACGACCUUCUGAACAUUGGGUGCAGAGUUCUUGUUGAACAGAGAGUCAGAGGCCAGGGAAGAAUGUUCAUGCAGUAUGAACCCUCUUGUUUUGUAAUUACUGCAGUACCCAAGUAUGCUUCUGGCUGGUACAUGGUGGAGGCAGAAGACGGCAGUACUUACCGAUAUGUACGAGAGGAGGAAAUGAAGUUCGUUUCCUCACCAUACUAGCAUAAUUCUUCAUUUGUAUAUUUGUAAUUUUUAUUUAAUAUGUUGGUUGCAUUCCAAUGUAUGAAGAUGUAUUAGUUUGUAGUAACUCUGAGUACAUGUUAUCUACAUGUGUGUUUAAAAGUUUUUUUUAAGCUUAGUAGAUGCUGUACCUAUUUGAGAAUGUACAGAAUCAAGAGUAUUUUCUUGUGUUUUUAGCUGAUGAAGUGUAUAUUUUUUUGCUUUUGUCCUUGGAAAGCAAUGUAAUUUAAGUCAUGUCAUGGAGAUGUAUAUUUUUGCGUGAAAUAGAUUUUAGUGUGUAUUUUCUUUGAUGGUAGAAUAUGUCAGCAGUAUGUAUGUAAUGCAUUUUAAGUAGUUUGUUAGUAUUUUGUUUUGCGAGGAUGCAAAAAUUUAAGGCGGGAUGAAUGUGAGCUUGCGCUCCCAGAGCUAUAUUUUUAUAUAUUUUAUUUUUAUAGGCUAGUGCCAAACUUAUUAUUUCUACUUCCGCUUUUUGUGUAUAAAAAGUGAUGCCACGCUGUUUUAAAACAGUUCAGUGUACAGUUGACCAGUGGUCAGUACCAUAUCUGUCUGUGUGACAGCUGAAGAUCGUUGUGGUCUGGCGUCUAAUUAUAUUUUUAUUCCUGUACCUGGGACGGCCUGCUAUUAUUACUGCUGUGUUACUGCUUUUAACUGCUGCUGUUGAAUAUUACUGCUAAUAGCUGCUGUUUAUAACUGCUGUUGUUAGAUCUAUUCUAAAUCUAGAAUCUAGUGUUAUUUUGUUUCUGCUAUUCAAGGCAUUCAAGGCUAUUGAUAGUUUUGUUAAUGUUAUUGUUUCUGUAGAUCUAUUCUAGAUCUAAUUCUAGGGAAGCUUAAGCUAGUGUUAUUUUGUUUCUUUAUUAUCGCCUUAGUAAACUUAGUUAUAUUUAUAGUCUUUUUCUCAGUUCUGUUCUUAGUGAAUAGUAAGGUACUGAGCCUAAGGAUAAGAUAUUCUUGUUUUAGUGUUAGUGUUAUGAGUGAAAUAGUAGGAUAUUGUAGUGUGUUUAUUGUAGAUCUAGGUCUAGUGUAGUAGUUUUAGUGAUUUAGUUAGAUAGUUGUUUUGAUCAGUUUGUGUCAGAUAGUUGGUUUGGUUAGUUUGUAGUGGAGUAGAUUUAGAGGGUAGUUUAUAGUGGUUAGUGUAUAUAUUAUAUUUUAUUAUUAUUUGAUUCCAUGUAAAUAAAGUUUCAUUUUGUUUAUUUAUACUAAACUAAAGUUUGUUAUCUUGUUUCCAUUUAGUUUAGUUUAGUAUGUCUGGUUACUUAGGUGACUCUAGCCCCUUGGUCGUAGACCGAGGUGCACAGAUUGAGCCCACCCAGUAGCGCAAACAUCUGCCUACUGUUAGGUAAAUUUUAAUGUU